AUGAGGGGGGCAUUGGGCGGAAGAGAUCAUCAGAAUUACUACAGGUACCACCAAGAUAUAGGGCACAACACUAACGAGUGUAAGGCUCUGAAAGACACCAUUGAGGACCUAAUCAGAAGAGGUCAUCUGAAAGAAUUUGUCAAGGAAGAGCCAACUCGAGAAAAUCUAGGCGAACAGACUAAUCAAAUCAAGAAAAACCAGGUGAACAACGAUUUGUUGUUAGGUAUGAUCUAUGGGGGACCCAACAUUGUAGGGAGCUUCAGGCACUCUCGCGAGCAAUAUGCGUGGGAGGCCAGGACAAACUCAAUCCCCCGAGUAAUGAAUUGUGAGCAAAAGCGGCUCAAGAUAAAAAGCGAGGUGAUAGGGUUCACCAAUGAAGAAUGUGACCAAUCUCCUCGCCACAACCAUGAUGCAAUUAUAAUCACAGCAAGGAUAGACAAUGCUCGAAUAGUCAGGGUAAUGGUCGAUAACGGUAGUGCAACGAACAUCAUCUUCUUAUGA